AUGCGGGCGCUGCCGACCGGAGUCAACUUCCGUAGAAGCCACACGGAAGUGCUGGCGCUUCUCGGGCCGCUCGAUCCAGCAAGUGCUUAUUUAAACUUUCUACUUCUGCUCUUUGUGGCGUGCGUGUGCGAGGUGCUGCAGCAGGGCGGCAACAUCGAGCGGCUGGGCCGCUUUCUGUGGUCGCUGCCCGCCUGCGAGCACCUUCACAAGAAUGAAAGCGUGCUCAAGGCCAAGGCGGUGGUGGCCUUCCACCGCGGCAACUUCCGCGAGCUGUACAAGAUCCUGGAGAGCCACCAGUUCUCGCCGCACAACCACGCCAAGCUGCAGCAGCUGUGGCUCAAGGCGCACUACAUCGAGGCCGAGAAGCUGCGCGGCCGGCCCCUGGGUGCUGUGGGCAAGUACCGCGUGCGCCGCAAGUUUCCGCUGCCGCGCUCCAUCUGGGACGGCGAGGAGACCAGCUACUGCUUCAAGGAAAAGAGUCGCAGCGUGUUGCGCGAGUGGUACGCGCACAACCCCUACCCUUCCCCGCGGGAGAAGCGGGAGCUGGCGGAGGCCACGGGUCUCACUACCACACAGGUCAGCAACUGGUUCAAGAACCGGCGACAGCGUGACCGGGCAGCCGAGGCCAAGGAAAGGGAGAACAGCGAGAACUCCAACUCCAACAGCCACAACCCGCUGGCGGCGUCGCUGAAUGGCAGCGGCAAGUCGCUCAGCCCGCCCCCACCAGCCGGGCUGCCAUCCCUGCACAGCCUGGGCCACCCUCCGGGCCCCAGCGCCGUGCCCGUGCCGGUGCCCGUGCCAGGCGGAGGCGGCACGGACCCGCUGCAGCACCACCACGGCCUGCAGGACUCCAUUCUCAACCCCAUGUCAGCCAACCUCGUGGACCUGGGCUCCUAGAGCCCCACCUGCCUCGAUGCGCUGGCCUCGGGGACUGAGAGGCGGCGUCAGGAGGGCAGGCGGCGCGGCGGGCCCGCCGGGGACUGAGACCCGCAAGUGAGCGGGCAGAACCGCCGGUUGGUGUUGCGGAUGGCCCUCUGGCUUGGCCUUGGUUGGGAAUUCCCCCCCCCCCACAAGUUGGUUUUGAGAUGCUUUGGAGACCUGGGACCGGGUCUUGAACCAGGGAAGGGAAUAAAUUAUACACAGUUCUUAUACGCUCUCUCCUACCUUCUCUCUGCUUCUCUUUGUUCUCUCUUCCCUUGCUCCUUCUUCCUCUUCCUUCCCCUUUCUUCCCUCUUCUUUCUUUCUCCCUUUCUUGCUCUCCCCUUAUUUUCUCUGUCUCUGUUUCCCUUUAUAUUUCUGGCUUGUCAUUUCUCUAGGUUUCUGUUUCUCUGUCUCUCUCUGAUUGUCUCUCCUCUCCCCCAGCCUCACAUAUCCUGGCCCUGGGUCUGUACCCCUCCGUCUUUUCUCUCCUGCCUGGCCUUCUGACCCCCACCGCUAACGCUGGAUUUCUGGGAGGGAGGAAAAGCAAAGGAAAGACAGCCUUUGAAUCCAGGCCAUCUCCAGAGGCCCUCCCAGAGGGGUCACUGGGGCUGCAGGUGUCAGCUUUGCCCUAGUAACUUCAGUGAAAGAGAAAGGGCAGCGGUGAGAAGGCCCCGCAGGCCCCCAGCCCUGCACUCUCCUCCUCCCCCCGGACUGUGACCACAGUGCUCCCGCCAGAGCCUGCCUCCCGAGCCUCGGACUUGCCGUCUGCCUGUUACGCCCUCAUGUGAAUGUUCUUCAGGAAAUAUUUCUGCUUUUAUUUUAUAAUAAAAUUAGAAAUGAUAAAUAUA